GACAGUGAGCGGUAGCAGUUCGGAAGUCCAAAAAUGUCUCAAAGGAUUGAAAGUGUGGUGAAAGGACUGGUGUUGGUGCUUCUGGCUUUUAUGGUGGCCCAAACGGUGUCCGAUUGCAAUGUCUGUCAAUCAAAUCAAGUGGCCUGCAUCAACUCGACUUCCUUUUACUUGUGCUUUGGCGAUGGAACCCCUCACCGUGAUCAGCUAUACCAUUGCCUAGAAGGAUUCGACUGCACCAAUCUCACGGCCAUUUGUGUUCAGAAGAGCAGCCAGCGUCCUCCAAGCUGCGGUGAUACCUCGCAAUGCGGCCAGUGCAAUGCCAAUCGAAAUUACCUAUUCGCGUGCCAGAGUCGUGGCAUCUUCCAGAUGUGCUAUGGAGCCACUAGACCCACUGGCAAGUUUGGCUACUGCCCCACGGGCACGGUUUGUGAUGCCAGCAGCACUUCGAUUUGUGUGCCCGAGGUCGCGGGUCAAACGCUGACCUGUGACAUAAAUGACGAGCUGGUGGACACCACCACUGCGGCAUCCGUGACCACCGACGGUACCACUGAAAGUACCACUGAAAGUAGCACUGUGGGCAGCACUGAAAGCAGCACUGGUUCUACUGUAACCACCGAGACGCCCACUACAGUGAUACCUCCAACUGCCGCCCAGAUGUGUGCGCGAAUAAAUGCCACAGGUCUGUUUCCCAGCAUUCCUGCAGAUCCCUAUUGUCAGCGCUACGUUAGUUGCUAUUUUAAAAAUAACGUUCUUAUCAACUCCGCGGAAUACAACUGCCCAACGGAUUCCUGGUUCGUUGCUCAAACUCAGAGUUGUGUCUACGUAAAUCCCGGCUACUGUCUGUAGUUUCAGCGCAAUUUAAAUAAACCGUCAAAUACUCUUUGCCUA